AUGGUCCUUUUGAGUGCGCUCAUCGCCGUGGCUGGCCUGGGCGUCAUCGCCCGCGGCCAGAUCACCGUGGACACGAGCUCCAAGCUGCAAAAGAUUGACGGCUUCGGCUUCUCUCAGGCUUUUGGCCGUGCCAAAGAGUUCCAGAACGCUCCUUCAGCUCUUCAGAAGGAGGCGCUUGAUUUGCUCUUCAGUACCGACAAGGGUGCCGGGUUCAGCAUCAUCCGCAACCGUAUCGGCUCCGGUGGCAAGGGUGAUAGUAUCCUCCCCACGAGUCCCGGAUCGCCUUCUGGCAAGCCGACUUACUCCUGGGACGACGAUGACAGCGGCCAGGUCUGGUUCACGAAGCAGGCUGUCAGUUAUGGCGUGAAGCAGAUUUACGCCGACGCCUGGAGUGCCCCCGGGUUCAUGAAGACCAGCGGCAACGAAGCCACAGCCGGGUAUCUCUGCGGAACCACAGGUCAUACCUGCUCCUCCGGCGACUGGCGACAGGCAUAUGCGGAUUUCCUGGUUCAGUACGUCAAGUACUACCAACAAGCCGGCCUCAACGUGACCCAUCUCGGCUUCCUCAACGAGCCUGACUUCUCCCCUAGCUACUCCCAGAUGCAAAUCAGCUUCAACGCCCAGGAAGCCAUCUCCUUCAUCCCCACGCUCUCCAAGGCCGUCCAGGCCGCCGGUCUCGGCACCAAACUCACUUGCUGCGACGCCGUCGGCUGGGGAUCGACCGUCAAGUACACAAACGCCCUCGUCGCCGGCGGCAUGGAGUCUUACCUCGGCCUCAUCACCUCGCACACUUACUCGGGCGACGCCAACACGGCCCUCGACACUAAGCUCGCCUCCUGA